UCUGCAGCCUCCGGCGCCUUCCCGCCCGUUUCUCGCGGCCAGGCCUGGGGGCUUCGGGGCUGAGGUCACUGUGGUCCGUCUCGUCCCAGGCCCAGGGAGACGCUCAGGUCCCAGGACCGGUGUCGAGGGGCGUCUGAAGGGCCUCCCCCCUUUCCCCCACCAGGAAUAGAGGAGACGCAGAAGGUGAGAGAGGAGGAGUAAAGAUGGCACAGGUUCUGCACAUGGACUCUGGCUUUCCAGGGAAGCCCAGCCCCACGACCCCCACAGCUUUCCGGGGGAAGGAUCCAGAGCCACCGUACUCGGUGGAGACGCCCUACGGCUACCGGCUGGACCUGGACUUCCUCAAGUAUGUGGACGACAUCGAGAAAGGUCACACCAUCAAACGGGUAGCUGUACACCGGCGGCCGCGCCUGGGCUCCCUGCCCCGGGGGCCCGGGUACACAGGCUCCUGGUGGACCUCCACGGAGUCCCUCUGUUCCAACACCAGCGCCGACAGCCGCCACUCUGCCUACUCCUACUGCGGCCGGGGCUUCUACCCGCAGUAUGGUGCUCUGGAGACCCGGGCCGGCUUCAACCCCCGCGUGGAGAGGACUCUGCUGGAUGCCCGCAAGAAGCUGGAGGACCAGGCGGACUCUGGGGAGGGGAGCCAGCCACGAGUGGCAGGCCUGGGCAGUCUGACCCCCAGUGUCUCAGGCUCCACCAGCUCCCUGGUUGGGGCUGGGCUGCCUCCACCCCCACUGGGACGCCUGCAGUCCCAUAAUGGCACACCCUACACCCCGCUGAGCUCGGGGCUGUCCACGCCCGUGUCCCCUACCCCGGGCCACCUGCAGCAUGUGCGGGAGCAGAUGGCCGGAGCUUUGCAGAAGCUGCGGCAGCUGGAGGAGCAGGUGAAGCUCAUCCCAGUGCUGCAGGUCAAGAUCUCGGUGCUGCAGGAGGAGAAGCGCCAGCUCAGCGUCCAGCUCAAAAGUCAGAAGUUCCUGGGGCACGCUGGGGGAAGCGGUGGAGGCCGAGGCUGGGGUCGCGGGGAGCUUUUUCUCGAUCUGCCCGAAGAGGGUGUCCCUGCUGGUCCAGAGCCCCUCCCUUUGGGACAGGCAGAUGUGGGGAAGAAGAGGGAGACCCGGGCAGUGGGCGUGGGGCCAGAGGAGGGCGAUGGCAGCCGCCCGGGGCCCACCCAGAGGAGCGUGAGCACCUGGGUGCGGGAGCAGGACCUGGGAAGGCCCUGCCCGGCCGAAGACCAGGGAGCUCUGACAGCUAAGAUUGCCACCUUGGAGUCACAGCUGAAGAAGGCCCUUCAGGAGCUGAGGGUGGCCCAGCUGCAGCUCGGAGGGCAGGCCCCGGGCCCAGCCGACAGGGCCCCAGCACCCUCGGGCCAGUGGCCGGACAAUUUGGCUGGAGGAGGCAGUAGCCAGGAGAGCCCCGGGCUCCCUGCAGCGGCCUCCAGCCAGCGCCACCCAUGCGACCCACGGGAGGCCCAGGGCUAUUCGCCAGAGCAGCCGGUGGGUGGGGGCUGGCAACCCCCAGAAGGGCCCAUCAAGGUGGACACGGUUAAGGUGAUCCAAGUGCCACGGGAGUUGGAAAUCGCAGCCAGCACGACUACGGGGGUGGCUCGCCAGCCCCAGCGGGCUCAGAGCCUGGAGCCCUAUGGCAGGGGUCUCAAGGCACUGACGGCCCGGGGGCCUGAAGAAGGCGGCUCCCUGCCCAUCCAGAAUUCCGCCGGCAGCGGCCCAGCCUUGGAGGCACCACCCUCUGCCCCCACUCACCGGACCAAUGAGGUGAUAGAGACCACCUUUCCCAUCCCCAACAGCCCCCUCCCCAGCACCUUCCAUGCUGUGAAGAAGAUCAGCAUCACUGCCGAGCCCUACCGGGAUGAGGACCCCCCACUCGCCACCCCAGGAUUGGACUGCAAUGGGGUGGCAGCAUCUUCAGGUCUCCCCAGGAGCCUUCAGAGGCCUUCAGAGGGCCCUCUGGGGCCAGUGUCAGCCCCUCCCAGCACCAUUCAAGCACCCACUGGGGAAGGGUCUGUUCAGCAAGCUGGGGGUCCAGUCCCAGCAGCCAAAAGUGACAUCACUUCAAGAGAGCAGAGCAGGACAGCAGGGCUCGGUGAAGAAAAAGAAGAAGAUGCUGAAGACCCAGCCUCAUUGCCAGCUGGGAUAAAGUCCAUCAUGAAGAGAAAAGAUGACAGCACAGACCCUCUGUCCAACAAGAAAAGCCUCCAGUUUGUAGGAGUCAAUGGCGGAUAUGAGUCCACGUCCUCGGAGGACUCCAGCACGGCUGAGAACUUCUCUGACAAUGAGAGCACUGAGAGUGAGUACCACGAGGCCAGCGAAGGGCUUCCUGCGAUCCCGGAAGGGGCCCGGCAGAAACACCUGGGGGCAGGAGCUGGGCCUGGCAAGGGAGUCGGCAGCACGGCGAAGGAGAAGCCAGUGGCAGCCACAGGGGCAACUGCAGCAGCAGCAGAAGCGGUCCCCAGUAGGAAGGAACAAGAUGAGAUCCGAUUGGAACUCAGCACGGACCUGAUCUCCGCCUGCUUGUCUUUGCAGAAAUCCCUGGAGAGUCCAGGCACCCUGACAGACAAAGAGAUGAAAGCAGCCUACACCACGGUGCUCCAGGAGUGGCUGCGGCUCUCGUGCCACAAGGACGCCCACCCGGAGGUGGUCCGCCGACACAUGGUCACUUUCCGGGCUAUGUCGCCACAGCUGCUCCAGUUCAUCGUCAACAUGGCAGACAGCAAUGGCAACACGGCUCUGCACUAUACAGUCUCCCAUUCCAAUUUCCCUGUGGUCAGACAGCUCCUGGAUACCGGGCUUUGCAAUGUGGACAAGCAGAACAAAGCCGGAUACACGGCCAUCAUGCUUACGGCCCUGGCGGCUUUCCGGGCCGAAGGGGACAUGGACACUAUUGUGCAGCUGCUAAAGCUCGGCAACGUCAACUCCAGAGCCAGCCAGGCAGGGCAGACGGCACUGAUGCUAGCAGUCAGCCACGGGCGAAUUGACAUGGUCAAGGCUCUGCUGGAUUGUGCCGCCGAUGUCAACCUGCAGGAUGACGAUGGGUCCACAGCACUGAUGUGUGCUUGUGAGCACGGCCAUGUGGAGAUCAUCCGCCUGCUCCUGGCCGUACCCAACUGUGACGUCACGCUCACUGACCACGAUGGAAGUUCAGCCCUAUCCAUUGCCCUGGAAGCUGGACAGAAUGACAUUGCGGUGAUGCUCUAUGCCCACAUGAAUUUUGCCAAGUCCUCGGGUGCCCCAAAGUCGGUGAAACCUGAGGGUACAACAGCUUCUUCCACUGACCCUCAGUAGAAGCAGCGCAAACAGCGAGUGUUUCCUCCACCUCCUCCUGGCAUGAAGCGGGUGACAUCGUCCCUACAACUGCAUGGGAGCCUCUUCGGUGCCGAUUCUAUCAGAGAGGAAGAAAGAAAGAGGAGGGAACCUGCCUGAGGACACUCAUCUAUCCUUACAGAGAGGAGUGAGCAAACACAACAAUUGAAUCGAGCACGUCACCCCCCACCCCACCCUUUGUGCUCCUGCUUCUCUGUGAUACCCUCAGUAAGGACCAAAUGCAAAAAGCAAAAUGAAUUCUUGGCAAGUUGUCCAGGCUAUGAGGCACAAAAGGAUGUCUGUCUCUAAGCGUUUGAGCUGCGACAUUCCUGCUUUUAGGGACGCCUGUAGACUGAAGCUGGGCUCUUCUCCUGCCUCAUGGAACUCUUGGUGCCUUUAGACGGCAUGCAGAGCUUUGAGCAUGUGGGAAGCAAUGAAGGAAAUGUGAUCAAGGAGAAUAAGCUGACAGUGAAGCAUUUGAAAAGGGUGAGAGAUUUACGUAAGCACUAAGAGUUAUUUGAAUUCAAAAAUAGCCUGAAUUUUAUAUUAGCGAAUAAGCAGCCAUUCUAUUUUGUGAGGUCAUGUAUAGUUUUGAAUGAGCCUCUCUAGCACUGCAGGCACUCUGCCUGCCCACCUGUGGCGUGUACAGUGUUAUAAAGGUCACUCUUCAGAGAGACAUUUUUGUGGAAUUAUUUUUAUAGCCUUGCCUUUUUAUGGGCAAGAGGCAGCAGCAGUCAGUCUAAGAUUGGUAUGAAAACUCAAUCUGAUUUUUUUCUUCCCGGUCCCCCACCCCAUUCUUUCUUUUCUCCGUCCCUAUUGCAUCCAGGAUCUCGUAAGCCCAACUGAGGGCAGUGCAGACAGCAGCAACAGAGCAGUGGCAAACAUAAAUAAAUCAGAGAAGCAGCAAGGCCUAGUGGAUAGAGCACAGGCCUGGGAGUCAGAAAGACCUGGGUUCUAAUCCUGGCUCUGCCACUUGUCUGCUGUGUUACCUUGGGCAAGUCACUUCACUUCUCUGUGCCUCAGUUCCCUUAUCUGUAAAAUGGAGAUUAAGACCAUGAGCCCCAUGUGAGACAGGGACUGUGUCCAACUUGAUUAGCUAGUAUCUACUCCAGCGCUUAGUACAGUGCCUGGCACAUAGUAAGCGCUUAACAAAUAACCAUUAAAAAAAGCCUACCCCCGUGCCUUAUAGUGCCCCCGUGGGUACUCAGCAAAUAUUAAUUAGUGAUGAUCCUGACUACAUCUUCCAUGAAACAUUUAAGACUGUUGGAUUCAGGGGUUAGGAAAAGAGAUGCAAUUUGAUUUACUAAUUUAUCAGUAGUAUUUAUUGAACAUUUACUUUGUGCUGAGCACCGUACUAAGUGCUUGGGAGAGUCCAAUAGAGCUAGCAAACGUGAUCCCUACCCUCAAGGACCUUACCGUCUACAGGGGGGACACAGGCAUUAAACAUAUAUUUCAGAUACGGAAGCGGCAGAGUAUAAGGAUAUGGACAUAAGUGCUAUGGGGAUGGGGUGAGUAUCAAAGUGCUUAGGGGGUAUGGAUGCAAGUGUAUUGGUGAAGCGGAAAAGAGGGAGAGUAGGGUGGAGAAAUGAGAGGUUAAUUAGGGAAGGCUUUCUGGAGGAGAUAGUUUGUCAGGAAAGGCUUCCUGGAGGGAGAUAUUUACUAUCUGUCCUGUGCCCUGAACCAUAGACUGUUCUACAAAGGAGCUAUUAAAAAUGCAUUUAUCACCUAUGAAUGCUCCUUGUGUUAAGCAAUAUACAACUAAGAUCAUGGGAAUGUCACUGAAGAGAUCAAGGAUUUGUUCUAAAACUUGACAUAUAUUGCAAUUUUGCUACACAAUGGGAACUCUAGGGCACAAACCUCAGCAUUUAAAAAGGUGCAUUUAAAAAAAAAUUGAGUGAAGUAAACAAGAUAUCCAAAAAGGCUGGUAGCUCUCCCAAGAUUAUUGGUAUCUCUGCUUAAUUUAACCUGGGAUUUUUUAUUUAAAAGUUGCCCUUUCCAGACAGUAUCUUAGCACAAAUUUCUCUCUGCCUAGUAUAAGAUGCUAAGAAAGCUAAAAGGCAUUUUGUUUUAAAAUUACAUUUUUUUAAAAAAAGAAAGACAAAAGUUGAUUCUGGCUCACUGCUCUUGUCCUUAUUUUGAUGUCUGAAUGCAGAGGAACCCAGGAUCCGCUUGAGAAGUGGUACGAGUGAGAGAGAGAGAGAGAGUGUGUGUGUGUCUUUUAAGCCCCUUGAGGCAGCAGCCAAUUGCUCUGCAGUGGGUUACUGCCUCACAAUGUGCUUAUUUAUCCAUAUUUGUACAUUUAUACAGUCUUGUGCAACUGGGUUGGAAUGGUGUGCUAAGUAUUUUCAGUUUUUGUUUUGUUCCUGCACUCAGUUAUAUUUGCGAGUUUUAUUCUCACUUUCUCAUACAGUGAUAUUUCCCUAACAGUAUUACAUUUACAUGAAGUAUACAUUUUAUAAUCUAAAAAAAAUCCUGAAUUAAUAAAGCUAUCUAAAAUGACAGA